UCACUGCCAGGAGUCCUUUUCUUCUCCUCUGCCUCUCUCUGUUUUCCUCUUGCUCUCCCUGCAGCCUCACUGUGAGUGAGUGGGUGUGUCGAUGCGGGCCAGUGCAGCCUAGUCGCUGCUUGUGCGCACUCUGAAAAAGAGGGAAAAAGUUGAUGAUGAGUUUAGUGUGAGAACGGCCCGCCUCGGAGCAGGCUCACCGUCCAGGAAUGGCAGUGUGGACCCGAGCGGACAAAAACGGUCAGCUGGACCUUCUCCUCCGGGACCGAUGGAUCCGAGUGGCGGCCGAGCUCACCCGAGAAACGCUGACUUUAACGGCCGAGGCGGAGGCAACCGGACAGGGGGGCAACCACUGGGACUACAAUAACUCUUCGGCAGGCCUGCGGAAUGGCAUGUCGAACGGAAACGACCCGGGACCAGGUGCGGGGACCCCUGGCCGGGGUCCGUCUGCGGGUCAGGAACAACUACAGAACCAGAACCAGAACCACGGGGGGCGGGGGGGGCGCAGCGGAAGCCCGGGGCGCGGUGGUGGCAGUCGGGGUCAAUACGACGGCAACUACGGUCUAAACAGCUCCGGAAAGUACCCGAAUAACGGCACAAACUCAGACUUUGGAAGCCCCGGCUCCAGCUACGGGAGCCCCGGGUCCAGCUUCAGCUCGAGACAGGGCGACUGUCCAGUCAGUCUGGACGGCUCCUCGGAGGCGGUGAGGAAGGUCCGAGUUGUCAAACAGGAGUCUGGCGGGCUGGGGAUAAGUAUCAAGGGGGGGCGCGAGAACCGGAUGCCCAUCCUCAUCUCAAAGAUCUUCCCCGGGCUCGCCGCGGACCAGAGCCGGGCUCUGCGGGUGGGCGACGCGAUUCUGUCGGUGAACGGGAACGACCUCCGGGAGGCGACGCACGACCUGGCGGUGCAGGCGCUAAAGAAGGCGGGCAAAGAAGUGACGCUGGAGGUGAAGUACAUCCGCGAGGUUUCCCCGCUCUUCAAGAAGCCGUCCCUGGUGGCCGACCUGCCGUGGGAUGGUGUCCGCCCACAGUCGCCCAGCUACAGCGGCAGUGAGGACUCCGGGUCACCCAAACAUAGCAGCUCCUCCUCCUCCUCCAAAGACAGGAAGGUCAUCAGCCUGAAGAUGUGCUUCAUCAGCAGGAACCUCACAAUGCCAGAUCUGGAGAACAGACUGUUGGAGCUCCAUUCCCCAGACGGCCAGCACACAGUGGUGCUGCGUUGUAAAGAUGGCCCCACUGCCAAUUCCUGGUUCACUGCCAUCCACACCAACAUUGCCGCCCUCCUGCCACAGACCCUGGCUCACAUCAAUUCCUACAUGGGGGCAUCGGCUUCCACGCACCCCCACCUCAAACACAUCGGGUGGCUGGCUGAACAGGUCCAGCUGGAAGGUGGACGGCAGCAGUACAGGCCUGUGGUCAUGGCACUGACAGAGAAGGACAUCCUGCUAUUUGAAUCGGUGCCAUGGAGCAGAGAGUCCUGGUCCAUACCUCUGCUCACACAUCCACUGCUAGCCACAAGGCUCGUUCACUCUGGUAGCGCCCGGGGGUCUCCUGCCCAGGGUUCAGACCUGGUGUUUGCCACUCGGACAGGCACGGGCCGAGGCAUCGAGUCCCACAUCUUCCGUGUGGAGACCCACUGGGAUCUGUCGUCAUGGACGCGAGCCCUGGUGCAGGGUGCACACGCCGCCGCCGAGCUCAUCAAAGAAGUCUCCAUCGGUGAGUGCUGCACGAUGAACAGACAAGACGUUCGGCUGACGCUGCACUAUGAGAAGGGCUUCACUGUGACAAGAGAGCCAGCUGACCCAGCAGGGGGCGCCGUGCUGUUCAGAUACCCCUAUGAGAAGCUCAAAAUGUCAGCAGAUGACGGAAUACGCAACCUUUACCUUGACUUUGGGGGUCCAGAGGGAGAAAUGGUAUUUGACCUCCACUCGGGUCCAAAGCCGGUGGUGUUCGUUCUCCACUCCUUCCUGUCAGCCAAGCUCACCCGUAUGGGCCUGCUGACGUGAAGUAACCAACAGCAGCGUGGACAAGAGGUCACCGACCGGCCCAGGCACAACGGGGAGAGGGGGUAGACACUCCCAGAAUGCUGAUAAUGGGAGUUCAUUUUUAAUUUCACACACUUCUUUUUUUUUGCAAUCUCUCCAUUCACAGCUGCAGUUAGGCCUGAGGUGUCGCCACAGGGACGAUUUAACCCAUAAAUCGUUUUGUUGAUUGUCUCAAAAACGCGCCUUCUCUUCCGACUUCUCCUUUGCGUCUUAACGUUGUUUUAUUUGUCAGGGGAAAGCAAGUGGCACUUUGCUUGAAGUCUUGAGGUGUUUAGAAGACAGUUACAAUGUAAUAAUAUACGAAAAAUAGCUAUUAACAAUCUCAUAACAUUCCAUGUGAUAAUGUAUUAAUCAUUGUAAUUACUGUUAUAAAAAAAACAUCACCAGUGCACUUCAAGUAAAGUUUUACUGAAAAAUGUAAAGGAGAGGAGGAUUUUUUUAGACAAUUAAUACAAUACAAUAUAAUACAAUAAUAUAAUACAUUAAUACAGCCAAGCACAGAUUGGUGAACGCUCCCUGUUUUUACUCUAUGCCUAUCAUUCCAUGACAGCCUUCCAAUGUACUUUGGGCUCUUCUUAUGUACUUCUUUGUCUUUAUCUGUCGACACACGAGAGAAAGAAGCAGUUUUAGAGUCAGAAUGCAGUUAACUGAGCAGAGAUUGUGUGACUGAAGACAAGAAAUUUGUAUAUGUGUGUGUGUGUGCUGUGUGUGUGUGUCUCAAUACUACAUGCUCCUGUUGGCUUGAUAGCGUGCCUGCUGUCUGCCAGACUCACCUUUUAGCACAUGAUCCCAAACUACUGUUGUAAUCAGGAUCGCCAACUGUGCCUUUCUACAUGUAGUUAAAGACACUCUUUGUAACAUUUCCUUUUUUUAUUUCCCACACAAUAAGAGAAUUUUAAGCUUUUGACAUGCACAAGCAAUAGUAUUACUCUUAUAGUGUAAACUAUGUUAUGUUGUGUUUUUUUAAAAGUGUAUUACGCAUGAUAGCAUGACUUCCUGACAUUGAACUCAAAAUGAACUCUGUAUCAGAUGAUGAUAUAUAUAUGACAUGACUGUGUGUUACCUCCUUUCCUUCACCGACACUACCACAUUGUCUCAAUGUCGCCAUCGUCCCAUUCCACUUUGCUUGAGAUUACUCGUCUCUUGUUACCAUCCUCGAAGAACAUGUCCUAAACUCUGGCCAGAGACUGUUAAACAGCCGUUUUACAAGGCGGACCAUCACAUCACAGAAGUACUAAUAUAGUUUAAUAAUUUGAACAGUAAUGGUCAAACAUUUCUCAGCUUCUACGAAUGCUUGCAUUAGAGAAUGUAACAGUACAGUUGAUCAGCCUAUUAUGAUCUUUUCCUCCCGUAAGAAAGCGUGAUAAAAUAAUCUUAUUCAAGUGCCAAUGACUAGCUAUUUUCAGAGCUUUCUAAGCUUUCAAAGCUACUAAGUGGACCUUGAGAAAAGAUUAUUUUGUCAAACGACUAUUCCCCAGGUUGAAAAUCAACUUCUGCGCUUCUAAGAAUAUGUUCAUUAGAGCUACAAUCACAUUGCAGAUUUUAAGAUCCCUGUAAUUUAAAAAACAAUUUUAUCACCCAGUUCGCACUCAUAUUUAAGUACAAUACCCAUAGUCCAGGUUUUGUUUAUUGGGGUUUUAUUGGGGGUUUUUUGUCAUUGAAUUUAAGUUGUCCUCCCUUUCGUUCAUCUGUUCAGUCCGGUGCCUGUAUUGAGAUGUCAAUGAGUUCAACAUGACUGUAAUUAACAAACUUUCAUAACCUUCAGUUGGUUCAUGGUACACGUUUCUAAAAUGACCCUUCAGUAGGGCCACUGUGUUCUUUUGGACCUCAGACAAUGUACCAUUGUGUCCACUGACCGUGCAACACAGGAAAACAAGAUAACCCUUCUGUCCUCGGAUAACUAACACAGUUGACCAUUUGAAUGGCCUCUAUUCUAUUUUGGACUCUGAUAUCCUUGUGGUUGUUUGAACAACAUUUUUCUGGCUUUUUUAUUCAAGUGAAAAUGUACAACUAUAUAGUUUUUAUAGCCAUAUACCUCUUUUUAAAGUUAUGGUAAAUGAAUGACUGUUUUAAAGGAGAGGCAGACCUUGAUUUUCUUAAAACAUCAUGUGUACAUGGGCAGUUGGACUUAUAUACCCUGCAACAUUUGAAGCAAUGGUGAUUUCACAACAUUUUUCAUGUAAUGUUUUUCCUAUUUCUGUUACCCACUGCACAGAUCUGAUUGUCUCAAGUUGGUCAACCUUCACCAUGCUAUAGGCCGUCCUUCUGUGAGCCUAAUGCACUAACCUUCAAACCCCCUUAAACCUGUGAAUGUACACCUCUUCUCUUCUUCCAGGUGAUUUUUUUUUUGUUUUUUGUCUUAUGUCCUAAAAUUGUGUCCUGACAUCCUGUCUAUGCAAAGCAAUGCUUCUAAGAGGGGGGGUUUGAACCAAAGGUAAUAUCUGUGGCAGCUUGCGUCCAACACAAUCAUUAAACUGAAAAGUCACGAGAGGAUUAAGUGCUGCUGCAUAAACCUGUCAUAUGCAAAGUAUUUUAGACGUCCUACCGAGAUCCAGUAUACAAUGUAUGAUAGCAAUCAAUGUAAUAAUCUCAAAUGUAAAUACCUACCAAUAAAACUGUUAC